AUGUAUGGCCGUCAUCCAAGAGACGAUGCGCACCGAAAUGAACCUCGGCCAACUCUACCUCCUAUUCGCGAUUUGUUCGGAGAUGAACUGUCCCUCACCCCCCAACCUUCCUCAACCUCACAUUCUCCCCGUAUCUCUUUCUCCCAAAUGCACAUCAGCGAGAGAGACGGUAGUCCACCCACAAGAGCCAGGUCAUCCUCUCACUUUGGGCCACAGCCUGGCUUGCUAGGCCCUGGUUCUCAGAGUACCUAUGCUCAACCAUCUGCUUCACGACCUUUGCAUCACCCAUCCACGUCUUUCCAUGAUCCAGCUUAUGAAAGGCCACAUCCCUUCCCCCAUCCCUAUUCGUCACAGCAUCAUACCCGCUCUCGAUCCUCUACCGAAUCAUAUCAUGACAUGCCUCCCUAUGGUGCUUACUAUCCUCAACCUGGUACCAGUGCUGAUGCUCAACUACAUGGUGUUACUCGUUCGCAUAGUGGUUCUUUGGUCAUCCCAGGACGUGUCCCCGAAUCAUUGAUGGCACAUAGGGAUAUCAGCCAGGUAUACCAUCAAUGCAAUAGCUCGCAAGUAACUUCCGCGUCGUCCGGCAUUGAUCGUUCCGCUCAAGGCUCGCCAACUGCAUUCGCUUCGGCAUCGAAAUACGAAUGCAACUAUUGUGGCAAAGGUUUCAGUCGACCCAGUAGUUUGAAAAUACAUCUCAAUAGCCACACAGGUGAAAAACCUUUCCUGUGCACCUUCGAAGGCUGUGGACGCAGUUUCAGUGUCUUGAGUAACAUGCGCCGACAUGCACGUGUACAUGCUCAUGCCUCUGGACCGCUGCCAGAAGGGUCUCACGAUGAAUCUAGCGACACGCAAUCCCAUUCGAGCGAUCGGGAAGAGCCUUCAUCACUUACCCGCCACUCGUCCCACACUGGCAGGAUAGCAGGAGCUUCUAGCUCUGAUCCCCGCAGGGUCUGA